UUUGUUUGCGAGCCCAGCAGUUGCAGUUCCCAAGGAUUUUUUCCCCAUAAGAAAAUUCUUUUUUCGCGCAUAUAUUUUUUUUAUCUCAGCACCCACGUGCACGAGCAAAUGUUUUCCCCAAUUUACUAUCACAAUCACUACUAAGUUGCUCAUCCACUACUUUGUUUUAAGAUGCACAAGAAGAAAUUACUGUAUGAGGGCACGACUGCACUCAGAGGUGCAAAAUGUACCACCCUGAAAGAACAACUCGUCAGCGUCGUCGAUGUGAUAGACGAAAAGAAGGAGAACCGCAGAUGAGGAGCAGCAUUGAUAUUGAAGAAAGGCAGUCGGAGUUGUGCAAGACGUAGCAGCUCUACAACAUUCUCCAUUCCGACCUCCGAGAUGACGAUGACAAAAGAAGUUGUACCAAUUGGAAAUCAUGUCAAUGUUGAUUCCUCUGGGUUAGGAAAGUUUCUUACAUCCUGACUCGUGGAACAAGGAUAAGCACGAAAGUCAUGUUGAUGAAGUGACGGCAAAAAGAAACGCGCCCCAAAAUCAUGACAAGUUUUCGUCCCGCUCUCAUGAUUCUCGGUUACUUACUCAUUGUCAUUCCACUUCCGGGAAAAGAAGGGUGGAUCUCCCCUGCAUCAACAUAGUCUUGAUAUAUCCACGGCUUACCUAUUGCAGUACUGCGGAAUUAUGUGCGUCUUCGCUAGAAGAUGACAUGACUCCGCAGGAGCCAUGCCUUACACAGAACACGAGUUCCGGACGGAUUAUUACACGCCCAGAUGAAUCGACGAUGUUUGCAAUGCAUAGGCCACUGACGAAGAGCACGAGACGGAGACGAGCUGGCACCACAGGGAAGACAAGCUUACCCUACUGGAGGUUUUCGUUGUAAAGGACGACGAUGAAGCUGUAGAUGAAGAAGAGCUGAUCGGGGAGCUGCAAAGAGCGCAAAAUGAAGACAGCGAAACCGAAAGCACGACGCCACUACUCACAGGGUACUACAACUCUCGCCUGUCCACCCCGAAGUUGUUGUCGGAGAAAGAUGGAACAUCUACAUCAGAGGACCACCCUGAGGUGAUAAAUUUGAACUCAACUACCACUUCUAGUUCUACGACAGCACCGGAUGAAGCAGACCAGAGUCUCGGUGCCUGCACAGCUGAAACAAGAUCUCCUUCAAGGUUAUGCGAGGAUCCUGCACGUGCACGUGCAGCAGAUGAUGACAAACCACCCGCUUCUAGUUCCCUCUAUUCGUCGUGUUGCCUUCGACGAUUUUUCUCUUGUUUCCAAGCAAACCGGACCUCACCACCAUCACGCCAAUCGAACCCGCAGCGAAGCGCAUUGCGCAGUGGUAAUUUCAUCCCGGAGCAAAAGGAAUCGACGCACAGCGAACGAGGAGGAAAUCACCUUCGACUAACGCGCAGCACCAGCAGCACGAUCAAAAGUCGACUAGUACUAGCAAAGCAUCGGUCUUGCUCCUGCUCCUGGAGGGGGGUGUCGACCUGUUUGUUACUCGUGGUUACAACAGCUGUCGCGAUUCUCUGCUCGCUCGCAUUUGUUCUGCUAGGGGGCGCUGGCGUGGUGUCCUACUUGGUGGGAUGUUGCGCCGGUCAGCAGGAUUGCGUGGAACAGGAUAUUACGCAUUGCAAAUUAUAUGUCUGGGUCCGGAAGAAAAGUGUAAGUUUCUCAUGCUUGUUGUCUCACGUGACUGUUGAAUCUGCAAUGCGUGAGCAGGAAACACUAUACAAUUAUUAAAGAAGCCUCGUGCCUGUAAUGCAAGAAUGCAGCUUGCGCUUGGUUUGCACUUGCAGUGCGGAAAGCUAAACAAAAAUACUGUACCAGUACGUUCACCAUUGAUUCACAAACUAGCAUGACAAAUUAAAGUUUCCAGAGCCAGACAUGUGUUUGCAGUGGAUAGAAGUGUGGUGCGGUGGCGGCUUCAGCGAUACUAUGUCUCAUUUGGCGCAACACCUGUUUCAACUACACGAUAGCACGGGGCUCGAACUGGCGACGACAAACAACGCAGUCGCUGUAGCCACGCCAGGAGCUGACGGGGUGGAUCGUGCGGCGUCGACGAGUGCUUGCGCGGACGGCCAUGAUUGUGCGGGGCACGACAAUAUCAAAUGCAAAUAUGUCUGGGUCUGGGGGAUCGCAAGAUUUGUCAUGCGCCUCGAGGUGGACCACCACCACAAACAUGGUCUGGAAUGCGCACAGAAGCGCCUUCACAGAUUUUGCGAGACCUGCUUGAUGCCUUUGCCUCUUUUGCACCUGCAAAUCAUGCAACACAACUUUUUCUGUCACAAUCGAGAUUUCGCAUGACAAGCUCCAUCCUUCCAGACCCUGACAUAUUUGCAAUGCAUAGACAACAUGUCGUCACCAACAAUUGCAAGCAGAGCGUGGCGAGCACAAGGUGACGUGAUGUACAAGUACGACUACGGUCGUGCGCAAGAUGAAAGCGACCCGCAGCAAGCGUUUCUACAGCACAGGAAACACCCUCGUAAGCCGAGGAUGGGACGCCCCGCCGUUCUGCGGCAUGGAGCAUAUCAUGAUGCUCGAACACAUGUGGGUCUUGGUCUUGCUCCUGGUCCCGCGUCGCGAUCAACAAAAAAUAAAAGGCAAGACGACGAGUUUCUGGAUGAAGUGGAGGGCGGCCCGCCGCACAAAUUUGGCGAAAUUAGUCGAGAGCGCCAGCACCAGGGCGCGAGCGGUCUUGUCGAAUUGGAGGAUCAUCCCGAUAGAACUAGUAGAAGUGAGCUUUUACACCAAAACCAAGGUGACUCUCGGGACCUGCAACGCGGACUUGGCGCAGCGGCAGAAGUUCACCAGCCUCCGGCGGUUGCUCAAAGCUCAGUUAUGCAAAAGCAAAAAUUACGUUUCUUUGAGGUCAUUAUUGUUCUCCCCUUCCAGUUCGUUGGGGUAUUCUUGGAGGCUGGCGGAGCUGCGGCCGAGGCGGGUGUCCAGAUUGCUGCAGCGGCUGUCGAGGCGGGUGCCGAGGGUGCUGCUCAUGGACUUUCCGACAUGGUACAAGGAUUUGGUUCGAGUAUUGGGGAUGCUGGCUUACAUGAACAUGCACAUGGUUUCGGUGACUCGUUUUUACCAGCUGACGGCGGUCCAAGUGCUGGGACUGCGGGAGGAGAUGGCGCCACCGAUAUCUGGACGAUGCAGGGGAUCUCAAAUUUAUCGGGCGCAGACCGCCUGCUCCCUGAUAUGAUGGGACCCUCUCCCCCAGUGCAUCUUCCUGGUGAUGUAGGCGAACAGGUGGAACGGGCACGGCAGGUAAGAGAUCAGGCCGAACAGUUGGCGAUAGUGGCCGGCUUGGGUGUGGUGGGCGUGGGCGUGGGAGCCGCUGUUGCAUCUCAAGUUCAUCCGCUUCUUCACGACGGGUUGGGGACGACAGCCGCGAGGGAUGACCGCAGCAUGGUCGCGCAAUUUGGGAAGUACCGAGAGGCCGUCGAAGGCAUCGGAAGCAUCACGCUCGGGCGUGGUCGUGGGAACGACCUGGAGGUGCGAAUGGGCGAACAAAAUGAAGGUCCCAACCUGCAAAGCCUGUUCCCGGAAGCGUUCUCCUUCCUCCUGCAGGAGGAUACCGAGAGGAUUUUUGUCUGGGCAAGCGUGGUCCGUGAUGGCGCCAGCGACGCGCAACUGGAGGAGGAAAAGGAGCACAGCACCAUCGGAAGCGGGUUGAAGAAGGACCCAGAAGGUGUGGGCCAAAUCUUUCGCGAGGUAGAAGAAGAGAUCACGAGACAAGUCCAAGAACACGCAACGCGGCCUCAAGACGUUGGCAAGAAAGCAGAUUUUCUCACCGCCGUGCUUCAAAAGCACAGAACUGGGCAGAGGUUUGUCGCCGAAGUUCUGGGCGACUGGGUGGGCCCCGGCGGUAGUAACUGCAACAACGGCGCUGCUUCUACUUCUUCGUGCCCGGUUCACUUGCCGCCACCGGGCCCGCAAGUGCUUGCGCUUCUUCGUGUGGUCAAGGCCGUAUUUGCAAAACUCUUGAAGGGGCAAACCAAAGGCCUCAUCGAGGUGGGCAGGCAGACUCUGCACCAGGUGGGACUGGGCAGUGCUCCGCAGGUGUCGCCGGAAGAUGCGAAAGUACAGGCAAGGAUGUUUCUGUUACUUCACCAUUACGUCCUUCAGCCGCUCAUGUGGACAAAAGACAAACGAGGGAACAAACCAGGCGUGGAUGUGUUUGGAGGGCCGGGGGCGACAAGUCCAAGGAAGGUGUCGCAGCUGACGUACGCGGCUUUAAAGCAGUUCAAGAUCGAAGUACAAAAAGAAAAAGAACACAAUGUGAGUGCAAGCGAUCUCUGCGAGAAGCAGGUCCAAAAUUUCCUGCGCAUAGUCAGCGUGGACACGCUAUCCUGUGUGAAAACGUACCCACCUCCGCUACCCCAGAUUGUCUCUCAUGCGCAGGAGCCCCAUGUUGAGAGGUGUUUAUUUCUAAAUGUUCUUAUUAUGUUUUGGUUUUGGGAAAAUGACAAAAAAAAUUCGCGUCAUGCUAUUUGAGUCCAGGCAUGAAGAUCGACAUGAUGAUCAAUGUCUGAGAUGCGGCUACACCACCUACACACGGCAACACUACUAGUAAGUUCAAAACUGUCAUGUGCAACGGCCAAUGGAAGUUACUGAUGUGUGUAGCAAAAUGCCCAUCUUGACGAUGUGGCGGGUACGUUUUUACACAGGAUAGCCACCGUCUCGACUGACUCCGCCACCACCUGCCACUCCCGCUCGAUCACCAGUACUAGCCCCUUCCGCCGCUCGGUCACCACCUGCCGCUCCCGCUCUGUCACAAGCAACCACUUCCGCCGCUCGGUCACCACCUGCCGCUCCCGCUGUGUCACAAGCAUCUACUUCCGCCGCUCGGUCACCACCUGCCGCUCCCGCUCUGUCACAAGCAACCACUUCCGCCGCUCGGUCACCAACCCUCGGCGUUGCAUCUUUACAAGCGUCGCGACCUGGGGGGCCAGGUGCAGCACCGGCAGCGGUCGUGGCCGGAACUACGGGAGCAGGGCGCGUCGCUGCGGGCACUAGAAGUCCAUCACAGCUGCAGUCGGCAUCUGUUAAUCCGGCGCCCGCUGCGCCUCAAAGUAAUGUGUCCCGCACCUCGGCUCAGGGGCAGCCACAAAAGCAGCCGAAGUCCAAUUGCUGCUAAUACAGUGUCCUAUAUACUUAUAUAAAUAUAUAUAUAAUAUAAUAUGGGGAGCUGUGAUCUGCUUCGAUACCGUCGUGUACGAACUUACUACCGAAUUCAGUAGAAGCACUUUUCUUCCGAACCAGCUGUAGAUGACAUGGAAAAUCACCGCUCCAUAGUGAUCAUCUUACUCAAACGACUUUUCGAAAGCGCUGCUGUUGAAGGAAGAGCACACUCCAGAGGAAAAUUGACCUCGGACAAAGCAGCGCGAGAAUAAAACGAAAAAUCAUACUCGCGCCGAAAUAAACCUCCAAUUUACUUAUCCAUCAAUCAUUUUUCAUAUUUGCUACGCUUUGCAGCUUUGUGCCGCGUAACCAGCCACGAUCAAGUGCAAACAGGGCAGAGAAGGCUCUCACCAUGCGUUGGCUACUUGUUUAUUUAUUCCGUAUCAGUUCUUAAGUAGUAGUAGUAGUAUCAGUUCUUAAACCUUUCGCGUCCACACGAAGCAAUCUGGAGGCUCAGAAUGCUCUAUGCAAUCACAAGGAAAUUCUUGACAGGUUGCUUGCUACAGUGCGAAACUUCCACUUCACAUCGUAACUUUGCAAUAGUUAGUCUAAGUCAUUGCAAGAAGCAAAAGCAGGGCAUGCAAACUCAACCGACUUAGGCUAUACCUAUCUGAUUAUGUAUAUUUCUUUUUUUUACAACUCCCCCCUGGUGGCCGGGCAAACUCCCCCCUGGUGGCCGGGCACUGCUAAAACGGGCGGUGAAACGUCACUGGGGGUGCAGAAGUGGUCUAACCACUUCUGCAGAAGCACUUACCUUCUGGAAUUGCACUACAGUAUGUGGGAGGCUUUUACCGCUGACCUUGAGAAGCGCGCACGUCAUUCUUUUUUUUACAAGUUUACAAUCGUUUUCAUAACAUCAUCCAUUUUUCCCCCUUUUUCAGUUCGCAUUGAUUGCUUUCUAAAUAAACUUUGAGUGUACUUAUUAAGCUUGACAUAUGUACCUUUUUUUUUCCCUUUUUAUCGACCUGUUUUUUUCUGAAGAAGUAUUCGAGUGCAGAUAUAUUAUCGAGUUGAUGAGGCAACAACAAGUAAGGAUCGAUCACAACAAGGAGUGCCUCAGCGAGAGGCAGACGUGAGGUUCAUACAUAAAAACGAAAACCAGAGUUGCCAUGAAGAUUGAGAAAAAGAGUUUUGUUUCACAGUGAAGACUCAAUAAGAUUGUAGAAGAAGAAGCAGAGCAGCGGAU